AUGGCAGCGCCCCUAGCACCACGGGUUUGUGGAGUGCUUACACUGCUGCUAAUAGCAGCAGCAUACACAGCAGCCGCAGCUGCACCCCAAUGGGAUGGCGAACUGGGCGCGCCCACGCCUGCCGGCGGCCGCGGCAGCAGGAAGCUGCGUCAGUUGGGAUGUGAGCUGCUGAGGCCCCGUGCUGGGUCCCAGGAUCUGCUGCCUGCGCUGGCGGACUCUCAGACCCCGCUGAGAGAUCCCGCGUCAUCUCUCGCAGGCGCCACCAAGUCACUGGUCAUCGCGUACGGGGCCACGCCACCAACAAACAUCAGACCCCUGCUGGACCAAUCGCCGCCGCUGCCCAAACUUGACGUCACCAGCGCGAAGCAGGUCGAGCUGGCCAGCCUCAUCGACGCGGCCUCCUGCAUCCGCACCGCACCGCGUGUCACGGGGGCCCUCGUCAUCUGGGACGACGGCACAAUCCCAGACCUGUCGGCACUGGGCAACCUGAAGACCGUGUCUGGGCCGCUGGUGCUGUUCGGGGUGAACGGCAACAGCAGCAUCGCGUCGCUGGCCGGGCUGGAGAAGCUCGAGAGUGUUGGUGGCUUCACCCUGGCCCACAUGAACAAGAUCAAGGAUCUCACGGGCCUGGGACGCCUGACAGACGUAGCGGAGGACCUGGUGAUUUGGGACAACGACGGGCUGCAGAGCCUGCGCGGCAUUGGGCCCUUCACGCAGCUCUUCAGCCGCCUGUGGAUCGACACCAACCCCCUGCUCACAGACCUGACCGGCCUCGACUCCCUGGCAGCGCUGGAUUAUGAUCUGGUGAUCCGCGAGAACCCCCUCCUGCGCACACUUGACGGCCUGGGGGCAUUGCAGGCAAGGACGCGCACUGUUGGCGGCGAGGUGUCCCUGGUCAACAACUUUGAGCUGGUAUCAACAGCAGGCCUCAAGGCCCUGCGCAGCGUCGGCAUCAGCCUGGCGGUCAUGGGCCACCCCAAGCUCGAGGACCUGGACGGCUUCUCGCGCAUCGCGGCCAUCCCUGGUGACCUGGUGAUCUACGAGACCUCCCUGGAGUCACUGGGGGCGCUGAGCAACAUCCGCUCGGUCGGGCUCAACUGCGUGGUGGGCGUCAACCCUGAUUUGGAGAGCCUCGAGGGCCUUGGCAAUCUGACGUCUGUCGGGGCGCAGCUCUCCAUCUCGUUCAACAACAACAUCACCAGCCUCAAGGGCCUGGGCAACCUGCAGCGCGUGGGCUACGACCUGCUGAUCCGCUCCAACGCGGCCCUCCAGACGCUGGCCGACCUGCCCCGCUCCCUGCAGUCCGUCGGCGCCGCCCUGACCGGCGACCUCGUCAUCACCAACAACCCCGCCCUCGACAGCCUCGAGGGCCUCGGCGCCGCGGGCGGCGCGCUUUCCGAGGUUGCGGGGCGCGUGGUGAUCGCGGACAACGGGCCGGGGUUGGAGCAGGCGGCGCAGGAGGUGGACGCGCUCAAGGCGGUCGCGAAGCCGAGGGUGAUCACGACCCAGCUGGUGAAGGACAGCGCCGCGGUCGCGCCCGUGGCCGCGCGCGCGGCGCCGCCGCCGGGCGCCGCCGUGGCCGGCGGGGGUGCCGCGGCGCGGGCGGCCCCUCGCGCGGGCACAGCAGGCACUGCCGCGGCUCCUGCUGCCGGCGCCCCAGGCGCAACCAACGGCGCUGCGCCGACGCGCAAGGCUCUCCCGGGCGCCGUGGCCCCAGCAGGUGCUGCUGCCGCUCCACCAGACAGCGGGCCGGUCCAGGGACCCGCGGCGCCAGCAUCCGCCAGCACCGCCACUGGAGCAACCCCCGCCCCCUCCGCCCCGCCGGCGGCAGCCCCGGCGGCUGCGGGGCCGGGGCCGGCCGUUGCCGACGCGUCCGCCGCUGCAACGGGCGCGCCUGCGCUGCCCACGGCGAGCGGUUGA